CACUGACGUCCGACGAAGCUCCCAGCAACAAACCCAUCCCCCUCGCCCCUCCACGCGCCCGUCACCAUGCUGCGGCAACCAAUUCUCCGGUCGCUGAAGAGAGCCGCCCCGAGGGCGAGCCUCAAUGGCUGCCGGGCCUUCUCUGCCUCAAGCUCGAGGCCUGCAGAGGUGGAGCUCACCAUCGAUGGCAAAAAGGUGUCAAUUGAAGCCGGCUCCGCCCUCAUCCAAGCCUGCGAGAAAGCCGGCUCCACCGUCCCCCGCUACUGCUACCACGAGAAACUCAUGAUUGCUGGUAACUGCCGCAUGUGUCUGGUGGAAGUGGAAAAGGUGCCCAAGCCGGUCGCCUCAUGUGCGUGGCCGGUACAGCCGGGAAUGGUCGUCAAGACCAAUUCGGCGCUUGUGCACAAGGCGCGUGAGGGCGUCAUGGAGUUCUUGCUGGCGAAUCAUCCGCUUGAUUGCCCAAUUUGCGAUCAGGGUGGUGAGUGCGAUUUGCAGGAUCAGUCGAUGAGGUAUGGAUCGGAUAGGGGACGAUUCCAUGAGAUUGGCGGGAAGAGGGCGGUGGAGGAUAAGAACAUUGGGCCGUUGAUCAAGACCUCGAUGAACAGGUGUAUUCAUUGCACGCGUUGCGUCCGUUUCGCCAAUGAUGUUGCGGGCGCGCCCGAGCUCGGCUCAACCGGCCGUGGCAACGACCUUCAGAUCGGAACUUACCUGGAGACCAUACUAAACACCGAGAUGUCCGGAAACGUCAUCGAUCUAUGCCCCGUUGGUGCUUUGACUGCGAAGCCGUGGGCAUUCAAAUACCGUCCCUGGGAACUCGCACAUACCGAAACCAUCGACGUCCUCGAUGCCCUUGGUUCCAACAUCCGGGUCGACAGCCGCGGAAUCCAGGUCAUGCGUAUCCUUCCCCGCUUGAACGACGAUAUCAACGAGGAGUGGAUCAACGACAAGUCGCGAUUCGCCUGUGACGCGCUCAGCACGCAACGUCUCGUGAACCCGCUCAUCCGUGUCGACAACGAGUUCCAACCGGCCUCCUGGGAGCAAGCACUCGUGGAGAUUGGCGAGGCGUACAAGAGAAUAGCGCCCAAGGGCAACGAGUUCAAAGCUAUUGCUGGUCAUCUUGUCGAUACGGAGACUAUGGUGGCUAUGAAGGAUCUUGCUAACAGGCUUGGCUCUGAUAACUUGGCUCUGGAUCAGCCCGGUGGCAGCGAACCCAUUGCCCACGGCAUCGACGUCCGCUCCAACUACGCUUUCAACUCCCGCAUCUUUGGUGUAGAGGAGGCUGAUGUCAUCCUCCUCCUAGGAACCAACCCCAGACACGAGGCCUCCGUUCUCAAUACCCGCAUCCGGAAGCAGUGGUUGAGGUCUGAUCUGGAGAUUGGCCUGGUUGGCGAGGACUUCGAGAGCAUAUUCGAGUAUGAGAACCUGGGUUCAAAUGCCAACGACCUGAAGGCAGCACUCUCCGGACCCUUCGGCAAGAAGCUUCAGUCUGCGAAGAAGCCUAUGAUUAUCGUUGGUAGCGCGGUCGCAGAACACCCCGACGCCAAGUCCUUCUUCGAGCAAGUUGGUGCUUUCGUCGAAAAGAACAAGGCCAACUUCCAGACACAAGAAUGGAACGGCUACAACGUUCUCCAGAGGGCCGCUUCCCGUGCAGCUGCCUAUGAGGUUGGCUUCACAGUGCCCUCGCCCGAGGUUGCACAGACGAAGCCCAAAUUCAUCUGGUUGCUCGGUGCCGACGAGGUCAACGAGGCUGAGUUGCCCAAGGACGCCUUCAUCGUCUACCAGGGACACCACGGUGACAAGGGGGCACAGCUUGCCGACGUCGUCCUUCCUGGCGUCGCGUACACGGAGAAGUCCGCCACAUACGUCAACACCGAAGGGCGCGUACAGAUGGCUCGUGCCGCCGUUGGCCUUCCGGGCGCUUCCAGGGAAGACUGGAAGAUCAUCCGCGCUGCAUCAGAAUACCUCGGCGCUGAGCUGCCAUAUGACGACGUUGAGGCGCUCCGGGACCGCAUGGAGGAGAUCUCGCCUGCUCUCAGGCGGUACGAUGUAGUGGAGGAGGUGGCACUGCCUGGCUUGAGCAAGGUGCAGCUGGUGGAUCAAAACAAGGGCUCCAAGCCGACGGGAGCGCCGCUCAAGAAGCCGAUUGAGAACUUUUACUUCACAGACUCGAUUUCAAGGAAUUCUCCGACAAUGGCGCGCUGCUCAGCAGCCAUCGCGGCGAAGAACCCCGAAACGAACUUCAUGGCGCCUGGAGAGCCGAACCCGCAGGUGGCGUAUGGACCUGAUCAGUCGGCGGGGGCUUUGGCGGCCAAUGUGUAAAAGAAGAAUUCUGAACUUGGGGGGUGUGGGGGGGUUAGUGGAUUUGUAUAUAGGGUCGCAUGGUCUCCUGCUUUUUUGUGUGUGUCUCUUUUGUGCGAGGGGACAGCGAUCUGACUGGCAUCAAGAUGGUAGAUGUGUAUAACAAUACCAGAAAGGUCAUAUUUUCAGGUUUUAUUCCUCUUAUGCUGGCUGGGAUUGGACUAUCUGGGAGAACUGCUAACUGCCUGCCUGCAGGAAGGGAGAUUGCGAGCGGAUAUUCGAGUCGGAUGGAAGAGGAAGGAGAGAGUGUUAUCGUGGCGCUGCGACGGAACUGGGAGAGAUGUCUGUCAGAAGGAAGCCACAACAUGCCGCUUCCAACAUCGGGUCAGAGCAGCACUGCCACUACUUACUCUUCGCGAGGCAUCAGGCUGGAGGCAGUGUGAUGGUCGUACGCUCGAUUGUGGCGUAUAUUGGUGGGAUACGGACCUAUUGCAAC